AUGCGCAGAGGCGUAGGGUUAGCUGCAUUCGACCACCAAGAACAGGCCGAGCGUUCUUAUGCUGAACUAUCAUCCGAAUUAUCCCGAACUCAAGUCGAACACCUUCACUCCCAACUCGACCAAUUCCGAACAGCCCUCGCUCACUUUGCAUCCACGCAUCGCGAGUCCAUUAGGAGCGAUCCAUCCUUCCGAUAUGCCUUUCAGCAGAUGUGCUCCUCUAUCGGUGUCGACCCGCUUGCUGGUCCGCGGAAAGGUGGCUGGUGGGCGGAGCUUCUUGGGCUCGGCGAUUGGCAGUAUGAACUCGGUGUUCAGAUUGUGGACGUCUGCGUGAGCACAAGGGAACAAAAUGGGGGCCUAAUAGAAAUGUCGGAGCUCGUCCGGCUUGUCAGCAAGCUGCGUGGUGUGAGUGGAGGAGGUAUCACGGAGGACGAUGUCGUGCGCAGUAUCAAGACGCUGCAACCUCUGGGGGCUGGCUACCAGGUGGUUGAGAUCGCAGGCAUAAAGAUGGUGCGGAGUGUCGUGAAAGCUCUUGACGAGGACCAGACAACCAUCCUUGCAAUUGCGCGUGAAACAGGAGGUCGUGUCGUCGAAAGCGAUCUCAUUCAGCGCAAAGGGUGGACGAGAAAUCGUGCUCGAGCUGCCUUAGAGAACAUGUUGCUAAGGGAUGGUCUGUGCUGGUUGGAUGCUCAAGAUAACCAGGCCGGUCGGGCAUACUGGGUCCCUUCCGCCAUGCACUGGGAAAUAUGA